AUGGCGAUCAGCGAAGGCUCCACGAUCUCCCACCAAACUGGAUUCAUGGCACAUAUGCACUGUGGUCGUUCGUUCAAACUACCAAUUGUCUAUCAAAGCUACCGAACGAGUACUGGAUGCAAGGACGGCAACAAAAUUACCUCGCCAGCAGCAGCAGCAGCUGAUAAUAAUGAUUACUCAGUGACGGUGGCGGUGAGGCCGACGACAACAGCGAUGCUGACGACAGCACGAUCAUCGUUAGCAUUGAUGACGUUUGUAGCAGCAGUAAUAAUCCAAAGAACGCAGACCUCCUCGUUUCCGGAAGAUCCCGAUUCAUUUUUGGAAAUUUUGUUUGAUAAAUCGGAAUAUUUGAUUUCUAUUUAUCUGAAGUCACCGCUCAGUGAAAAUAGGGUGGUCACUUCAUGGAAACGUAAGCAACCACAGUGCCUAACAGCAGCAAAUGAUGGAAAGCCGUUCGUAAGCAAUCAGUUUUCGAUAGCUACCGCGGAUACGAAUCUACAGAAACUGAAAAUGAGCACAGCAUCUCCGUCAACAUUAUUUUCCAUCUCUCCUGUAUCUGCUCAUGCCUCGCCGACCACGCAGCAUCCAUCAUCCAGUUUCAUCAAAGAAUCAACAGAAACAACUGGUGGUGUGGAGGAUAUUUGCACAAUGGAUCAACCACAAGGCAGAUUUUGCGGGUUUCAGAUCAAAAUUGCUUACAACAGGGAUUACCUCAUUAAAUAA